GGGAGGGUGAGAGGGUUCUUUAACAAAGUCCUCCUCUCUCUGCACCCUCCCACUCCAUUCACUUGCAAAUCAGUGUGUGCCCAGAAGAGCCUGCUUUCCCUAAGCCCCAGCACCUUCCCAUACUGAGUGCUGCAGUUUGAGCAGGAAGCAGUGAGAACUGUGUAGGCUACCGGAGUAGCAGCAGCCCCCGGAGCAGAGGCGGCAGCAGUGAUAGCAGUGGCAGCGGCAGCGGCAGCACAGGCAGCAGAGGCAGUGGGGACCGCAGCAGCAGCAGCAGCAGGAGCAGCAAAAACCGAUAUCCUCCGAGACCUAAGCAACGAACACUAAGGAAGAAGGGAGGAAUGAGGCUGGAUACAGUGCAGUAAAACUGAGCACUUUAAGGACAGGAAAGGCACUACAACUGAACCCUGCUUUGUGCAAUCAUAAUGAGAACUUACCAUUACUUCUUGCUGCUUUUUUUGGUUGGUCAGCCCUACCAAAGUUUCUCAAGCCCCUUCUCUAAGAGGACUAGUGGCUUUCCAGAGAAGAAAAAGGCACUGGAGCUAUCUGGAAAUAGCAAGAAUGAGCUUAAUCGAGCAAAAAGGAGCUGGAUGUGGAAUCAGUUCUUCCUCUUGGAGGAAUACACAGGAUCCGAUUAUCAGUAUGUUGGCAAGUUACAUUCAGACCAAGAUAGAGGAGAUGGAUCACUUAAAUAUAUCCUUUCAGGAGAUGGAGCUGGAGAUCUCUUCAUAAUUAAUGAAAACACUGGAGACAUCCAGGCCACCAAGAGACUAGACAGGGAAGAAAAGCCUGUGUAUAUCCUUAGGGCUCAGGCUAUAAACAGAAGAACAGGAAGACCAGUAGAACCAGAGUCUGAGUUCAUCAUAAAGAUCCAUGAUAUCAAUGAUAAUGAACCUAUGUUCACCAAGGAUGUCUACACAGCCACUGUUCCUGAAAUGUCUGAUGUUGGCACUUUUGUUGUUCAAGUCACUGCAACUGAUGCUGAUGAUCCCACCUAUGGAAACAGUGCUAAAGUAGUCUACAGUAUUCUCCAAGGACAACCCUAUUUUUCCGUUGAGUCUGAAACAGGCAUCAUCAAAACAGCAUUGCUCAACAUGGACCGAGAAAACAGAGAGCAAUACCAAGUGGUUAUUCAAGCUAAGGACAUGGGAGGCCAAAUGGGAGGUUUAUCUGGGACCACCACAGUGAACAUCACCCUGACUGAUGUGAAUGACAAUCCUCCACGUUUUCCUCAGAGCACUUAUCAGUUUAAAACGCCUGAGUCGGCCCCUCCAGGCACCCCAAUUGGCAGAAUCAAAGCAAUUGAUGCUGAUGUAGGUGAAAAUGCAGAAAUUGAGUACAGCAUCACAGAAGGAGAGGGACUAGACAUGUUUGAUGUCAUCACUGACCAGGAAACACAGGAAGGAAUUAUCACUGUCAAAAAGGUUUUGGACUUUGAAAAGAAAAAACUGUAUACCCUCAAGGUUGAGGCAUCUAAUCCACGUGUGGAGCCCCGUUUCCUCCACUUGGGUCCAUUUAAAGAUACAGCCACAGUAAGGAUCAUGGUGGAAGAUGUCGAUGAACCUCCUGUGUUCAGCAAACUAUCAUAUGUCCUACAAAUAAGAGAGGAUGCUCAGAUAAACACUACAAUAGGCUCAGUGUCAGCCCAGGAUCCUGAUGCUUCCAAGAAUCCUGUCAAGUAUUCUGUAGAUCGACACACUGAUAUGGACAGAAUAUUCAACAUUGAUUCUGGAAAUGGUUCCAUUUUUACUUCUAAACUUCUCGACCGAGAAACAUUGCUGUGGCACAACAUUACUGUCAUAGCAACAGAGAUCAACAAUCCAAAACAAAGUAGCCGUGUACCUUUAUUUAUCAAAGUUCUGGAUGUCAAUGACAAUGCCCCAGAGUUUGCUGAAUUCUAUGAAACUUUCGUUUGUGAAAAAGCAAAGGCAGACCAGCUGAUCCAGACCCUGAGUGCUGUUGACAAGGAUGACCCUUACAGUGGGCACCAAUUUUCCUUCUCCUUGGCUCCUGAAGCUGCUGGCAGUUCCAACUUCACUAUUCACGACAACAAAGACAACACGGCAGGAAUCUUGACUCGGAGAAAUGGCUACAAUAGACACGAAAUGAGCACUUACCUCCUGCCUGUGGUGAUCUCUGACAAUGACUACCCAAUUCAGAGCAGCACGGGGACCGUGACCAUCCGUGUGUGUGCAUGCGAUCAUCAUGGUAACAUGCAGUCCUGUAACGCCGAGGCACUUAUUCAUCCAACUGGACUAAGCACUGGUGCUCUGAUUGCCAUCCUCCUGUGCAUCAUUAUACUUCUAGUGACGGUGGUGCUUUUUGCAGCUCUGAGGCGGCAGAGGAAGAAGGAACCUUUGAUCAUUUCCAAAGAGGACAUCAGAGACAACAUUGUCAGUUACAAUGAUGAAGGUGGUGGAGAGGAAGACACCCAGGCCUUUGAUAUUGGCACCCUAAGAAAUCCUGAAGCCAUAGAAGACAAUAAAUUACGCAGAGAUAUCGUGCCAGAGGCCCUUUUUCUCCCUCGACGGACUCCAACAGUACGAGACAACACUGACGUCAGAGAUUUCAUUAACCAAAGGUUAAAGGAAAAUGAUACAGAUCCUACUGCCCCGCCAUAUGACUCCUUAGCUACCUAUGCAUAUGAAGGCAAUGGCUCUGUGGCAGAGUCCCUGAGCUCCUUGGAGUCUGUCACUACAGAUGGAGAUCAAGACUAUGAUUAUCUCAGUGACUGGGGGCCACGCUUUAAGAAGCUGGCAGACAUGUACGGUGGCACAGACAGUGAUAAAGACUCUUAAUAUCUUGCCUUUUUCAUUUUCCAAUACAGCAUUGAGAUAUGUGAAGUGGCUAUUUCUUUAUAUUUAUCCACAGCUCUGUGAAGGUUCCUCUAUUCUACCAAUUUCAAAUGUUAAUGACUGCAGUCUGUGUGGAUCAAAUGUUAGAGACUUUUUCUAGUAAACUUUUAUGAGUUUCCAAGAGGCAAAGUUUUAUUUUUUAGUGCAUCCAGUUUACCAACCCAGUCUUUCAGGCACAGUGGUAGUAGAGAGGACAGGUGCAAUAUUUUUACUUGUUCUCUCAGUGUAUAUUCGAGGACAUUAUUCUUUCCACUCACCUGUUCUUUUGACUAGCCUUCAUCGAUUCAGCUCAAUUACUGUUUUAACUGUACAUUACACAUACUGAUGUGAUAAGGAAUUGCAAUUUAACCUAAAUACAGUAUUAUAGUAAAAGUAAUGGGGGAGGAGUAACUAUAAAACUAGUAUUGGCUAACAAAGAGAUGAAAAAGUAAUGUAAACUAUAAUUUUACAGGUAAUUCAGAAAUACCAGUUAGCCGUUGUCUCCUAUUCUUUGAGUAUUUUUUUUCAAUAUUAGCUACUCUUCUGAAAGCAUGAAGUCAGUUAGUAAUCAAGGGUACAAAUUCCAUAGAUCAAUCUGUCGUUGGGUACACUGUUCCAUGGAUGUAAUAUGGUGAGCCAGCCCAAUUAAGGGUGUAAAACUUCAGUGCUAGUUUAUCAUAGUUUUAUGAUAAAUUUCGAGUUCGACAAGCAUUUAUAAAGCGAUUUCCAUGCACCAGUUCUAUGAGUCAUAAUCGCAAAGUGGUAGUUUAAAAUUUUAUUAAUUCUCUCUCUACUCAUUCAGAAUUUAUUAUCAUGUAUAGGCAUGCUGAAGUGUUACCCUUGAAUUAUAUUAUGCUUCAGUAUUUCAAGAAUUUGAGCUUUUCUCUAUAGGGAUAUUCCUUUGCCAAAGCAGGUCACAAUUCCUCCAAAACUUAGAAGACCUUCUUGAGUUGCUGCAGCCAAACUGUCACCCAGUGACCACUUUUGGUGAUGAUCCACUGUAAAAUGUGAUAGGCUAAUUAAUGAGGGACAGCCCUUUACCAAUCCCCCAGAAGACUUUCUAGCACGACCUACAUUCUCAGAGCAUUUGAAAACUGACUUCAUGAGGCAACAGAAUAAGAAUGUUGAGAGGUCAUUCUCUGGGGGGAAGAAGACUUAUGUGUGAGAAAUCAAAGGUUUGACAAGCAAUCAGUGGUGUAGAGGAAGGAAAUAUUUAACAUUAUUGAAUUGAAGACCAGCAAACUGAUAGAAGUGAUCAUUUGAAAUUAUCUAAAAUGUUUAGAUUAUUUAGAUUAUAAACAAUAAAUGAAUUAAUUGCAAAUGACACUCUUUGUUAAAACCCAUAAAAAAAAUUGUCAGAUAGUUCAAUUCUUUCUCUCCUGUCCUUGUAAGCAGUUUUACUGCAUGUUUAUGAAAGUAUUAAAAUGCUCCCUAUAUUUUUUAAAGCUAGUAUUUUAGACUUUUCACCCAAAUUUAACUAAUUUUUUCUUGAUUGGUGUGAAUUUAGUAAUAUUUUGCUGAAUAAUAUGAAUUAUGCUAUUGAUGGUGGGGUGAGAGCCAUAUUUGCAACUGAAUUUUGUUGAUUUACUGGGAUUUCUACAUAUUUACCUAAAUAUAUUUAAUAGAUAUAGCAAUAGAUGGAUAAAUUUCGGUUGAUAGUGUUUAAUGAAAAGAAAAUGGAAGCCUACCAUUAAAGUGCUUACAGAAGAGAAAUUAAAAUUAAAAUCUUGGUUAUCUUGAGUGAGCUAAACAGGGUUGUUCAAAAUAUUAGUUAACUUUUUUAAAAUAUGUAUUUCUUUAAAUUGAUAUUGCCUUUCUUCCCUUAGCAACUCUAUCAUUCUUGCCUUGAAAAUUAAUACUAAAAUCAUUGUUCCACAUCAUGACAGAAGAGUAAUGUAAAAAUAAUUGAAACCAUCAUUCCUAUAAUUGCACUUUUACUGUCAUGUAGUGGGUUAUUUGGAGGACCUAAUUUAUGAACAAGUCUUUUUUGGCAAAUUCCAUUAAUUUCUUGAUAGCAUCAUCAUGAUCUUGUCAUUUAAAGAAACCUAUCAUGUCUAAUGAUAAGGAAUUUCCAAGGUACUGUAACUUUAGAAAUCUUUGUUUAUACUCUUAAAACUUUAAGAUAUAAUUUGUUUAUAUAUAAAACAAAUAAUAGAUAUGCUUAAUACACUGGUUUGUCUUAGGAAUUUACUUUCUGUUAACAUUAAUUUACUAUAGAUAUUCUGGUUGUGGUUUCCAUAUUAGCAUUUUGCCAUUUUUUUAUUCUCACAAAAAUAAAGAUAUUUAAGUUAAUAAAGAGGUAUACCAUUUAGUAGAUAACGGAGUAGAAAUUAAUAAUGAACUUUUUAAAAAUUAGGGAAAUGUAAUAUUUUUAUUACAUAGUCAAGUACAGUAAAACUUUUUAAGGAACUUCGAAAUCAUAGAAUCAUUGAUUUAGAUCCAGAAGCAACCUUACAGGUCUUCUAAUACAAUACCCACAUUUUAGAGAUGAGAAACCAGAGGCCCAGAAUAACUAAAUGACUUAUUCAAGGUCAGAUGGGCAGAACUGGGAUUUUAUCUUCUUACAACUAGAUUCAUAGAGCUGAAAGAAACCUUACAGAUCAUUUCAUCCAUUGGAGAAUUUUAUAGUUUUAGAAACUGGGGAAGAGAAUAAGUGAUUUGUCCAAGGUCAAUUAGUAAGUGACAAAGCUGGGUUCAUCAACCCAGGCUAGUAUCUUGAUCUUUUCCAAUGCACUCCACUGCCUUCUUAUAAUUUCUUGAGUGAUACUCAUUUUAUAAACACUCUACACCCAGCAAGUGGCAUUUCACAAGUGGAUAUUUCCCAUUUAUUGGGUUUUAUUUUCUAAGCUCUUCAUAAAAAAAAAUUAAAAAAAAACUACAUUCUACUGUAAUUAACCUAUGUGCAUCAUAGCCACAGGAUAUUACUGAGAAAGGUAACAGCAAAGUUAAUUUAAAAGAAUUAGGUAUUUAUAGAACUAUAACAGCACCUUAAUUACAGUAUUCAAUAUAAAAUUAAAAGGGCCAUCGUUCCUUCUGCUUCAGGUCAUACAAUAAUUUGAAGCUGGGAGGAAAGACAUUUAGCCAAAUGGAAGACUGCCACACAGAGGGGUCUUCCUCUUGAGCACUUGACACUAAUUGAUUCUUUUUCGGAUAGAACACUUGUUUACGUAUGGUGAACUAGCAGUGUUCUCGUAUUCUCCUAAGAAGAGUGAGUUGGUCUUUAGAAUUAAAUUCAAGGUUUGACUGACAAGGCUUUUAUUUCAGCCCCUGAAAUUCCACAUUUCAUCAAGAAUAGGCUAAUCAUGUUUUUUGUUUGUUUAAAUAUCUAAAUAACUAUUCAGCUUGUUAUCACAAAAAACUGAUCAAGUGAAUCCUCGAGGAAUUAGAACAUGUAGGAAGGGAAAUAUAUGACAUACUUUGAGGGACUAUUAGUUUAUCAUAUUUGAAUACUAUUUUUUCCAGUAUGUGAUGCAAAUUGAACAAUUAACAGUGGGCAAAUUUUUAUUCCUUUAUUCUACUACCCCCUCUCCUUUCCCACCAUGAUCUCAAUUAAAGCACCAUUCAGUGUGCAAUUAAAAAAGAAAGUGCUAGAAACCUAGUUGAAAGUGCUAGCUAGCUAUUAAAAAAUAGGAUUUCAGCUGAGUUUUUCAUUGCACCUCAUCUGGUAUUGGAUGGUGGUGUGGAGGAAGAGGAAAGAGCAGGAAAAAGGAGAAUGAAAGUUUUAACAGUGUUACACCCUCUUUGUUUUUCACUGAGAUACUAAAAAUUGUCAAGUGUGAAUAUUAUUCUUAUUUUUUAAUGGGUUUAGAGGUCAUUCCAAGGACACUAAUGGGGUUUACCCACAUUUCUUUUUCAAGAUGAAACCAUUCACCACCGCUAUUAUAAACUGAAGAUUGAGGGAGAAAAGGAUUAAAGAAUUUCAUCGUAACUUUAGAAUCAGUGGUGGAAGCUGCUUGCCAACAUAACAAGGAUCAAUCACAAAAUCCAAUGGUAAUAAAUAAAUCCUAAAUAAAUAAAGGAAAUGGGAAAGAGGGCAGAGAGCAGUGGGAAAGGAAGAUGAAUUGGUAAAAACCACAGGGAAAGGAAACUUGAAUCCAUGUGUUAACCACAUAGUAUUUGCCAUCUUUCUCUGAGGAGUAAAAGGGGAAUCUCAGAGAGGUUCCCAGAUCCAAAUUGACUUCAUUUUUCAGAUUCUGUCAAAACCUACGCAGCCAAUCCAAUCAGCUAGAUUCCUUUGCGUACUCUUCUCUCAAAAAAGUUUGCAGAGAACUUAACACAUACACACUCACACCCAUACACACACACACACACACACACACACACACACACACUUUGCAUCUCCUAAAUGUUCUGGUUUUAUUGAAGCAAAAUAACUUUUAGAAAAUUUUCUUUUUGUUAUUCUUGUCAAAUGUUCUAAGAUGCAAAACCACAGGGACUCUCAAACAUACUAAUUUUCUCAGUGGCAAGCCACAUCUUGAUGCUUCCCUUGGCCUCUGGUGUGUGUGUAUAUGUGUGUGUGUGCCUGCUAUUGGGAGAAAAAAAAAACACAAUGUGGUCAAUAAUACAGGCAUCUGUACAUUUGAGGUUCACAAAGAGGAGUGACCAGAACUAGAACACAAUUAUGGAAUGCCUCUCUGUUUGUUGCUGGAGGCAAUUUGCAAUUUUAAAUGGGACAUGUUUCUAUCUCAGCUUUUUCUAUUUCCCCCUGGGACAGAAACUGGAAGGCAGUGAUGAGCUGCUGCCCCUGGGCCCUCAUUUGAUGAGAAGCAGGGGGUCAUAAGUUCUGUGUAAAGCCCCAACAAACUAAGAAUGCCCCUCUCCCCAAAGUGUUCCCUGGGAAAGUUGUCAGUUUCACAUAAUCUCAUUUUAUGCAGUUCUGUCUAAAUGAAAUCUUAUCUAAAAUUGUGACCUACUGGCAGGUGGUCCAGAAUCUCAGCAACCCAUUGUGCUUAAAUUAACACUCCAAUCUGGGCUUCUUUAUCAAAUAAUGAAGCCAAGAAGAUUAACAGAGGUUAUUUGGAUCUUGACUGGUAUAUGAACUAUUUCUUAGCAUAGAAGAAGGAGCUGUCCUUUCAGAGAGGCCCAGAGUGAUGGGCCUACAUGCUCUAAAGUUCCACGAGUGUUAAUGCAGCAACAUCUUUAAUCUCCCUUUGGCUUUUUUAUAGGAUCAUUUUCUAAAGGGAUGAUUCUUUCCUAAAAACAUGGGAACAAAAUUGUAUUUAACAUGGGAGGGAACACUCUUAGAAAAGCAAUCCAUGGACUCUCACACUUCUUAAAAGUUAAUAAAGAAAUAUCUCAUUUUUAAAGCUACUAGUUUAUGGUCUCUGCACCGUCGAUUUAAUUUAAGCAUUGCUGAGACAAUCUUUAAUCUGCUCACCAUUUUGUAAUACCUUAUUUACGAUGCAUUUUCAUGUUUUAAUUUGGGGAAAACGCUAGCCUGACAGUGCCAGGAGAUGAAAGCACCAAAAGGAGGUCAAAUGGAAACAAAUGCUAUUACCAGCUGUAUUUCAGGCAGGACUGUGGCACUUAGCAGAAGAGCCAUUGGGUUAUUAGAUUAAUUUCAAAAGAGCUUUUACAAGUUGCUUAACUACAUUUUUUUUUCAAACUCAUGGGCUACAAACUCGAAUUUCUCCUCAAAUGGGGUUAAUUUGACAAAUGAGGCAUGGGUCCAGCAUUGUGGAGAGAACAUUCCACCCUAAUGGGAUCUUGGUCAUUCCUCUGAGACUGCACUAUUUAUGUAAAUAUGUCUGGAGACACUUUCUAUAGCUUUUAGUUUUCUAUGAUCUAUUAGUUUAGGGAUGAUUAAAGAGACAAAUGUAUAGACUUAUUUGACUUUCAGGUGAAUACAGAGAGAUGAUCAGUGUCAAAGUGCUUUGCUCUGAGAUGGGGAAAAAAAGAAAUAGGAAUUCUUCAAAAGCAUGGGAUUUUUGUGAUUACCUUCAAUGUUUUGGAAGUUAAGCUGCAAAAGGAAAGACCUUAUAAUAAAUGCUCCAUGAAACUUAACUGGUACCAAGAUAAGUCAAUGUGGCUGCAAAGUCCUACUGUGAUUUGUGAUUUUAAACUCAAAAUAAAUGUGUUGGGGUAUUGAUCUUUUUUAAUUAAAAAAAUACUUCCAAGUAUAAAUUGAAAUUGAUGCCACCCUUGAAGAUUUACUAGCUGGAGUGCUCUGAACAUGCAGUUACUCUCAGUUGUCAUCCCCUUGUUCAGCAGAGACAGAGUCUGAUGGAACAGUCACCGCUCGGCACUAAGAAUCAGUUUCGGUUAAGAUUUUCAUGUUUUAAUAGCAUACAUUUGGAAGUUUUUCUCUAUGAAAAUAGUGCGGUUAUGAUUACUUUCAUCUCAGUGUGGCUGACCCCUUCAUUAUGGUCAGAUGGGCAAUGUGUACUCCCUCCUGCCCCUACGUCUUGUUCACCGAAAUGGCUUUUUCAUUUUGUUAGACUUAUGGAUUUGAAAAGAAUGCAAUUUAAAAGUGAAUUUGCCUUUUUGCAAAUCAAUUUUUGUAACAAGUUAUUUAUAUGAUACUACUUAAUAAAUUGUUUUUUUCUAA